UGCUGUACUCCGGCGGAUUCCCUGCCAUCCAUCGCCAGCUUAUCAUAUGUUAGGUUUGAGCGAUUAUGGAGAUUGAUAGGCCUGACAGUCGCACAAGGAAUCAGUUGAGACCACUUGCCUGUUCUCGCAAUAUUCUUAACCGAGCUCAUGGUUCGGCUCGUUGGUCUCAAGGUGAUACAAUUGUUCUGGCUGCUGUUUAUGGGCCAAAAACAGGAACAAGGAAGAAUGAAAACCCUGAGAAGGCUUCCAUUGAGGUAAUCUGGAAGCCCAGAACUGGGCAGGUGGGCAAAGCAGAGAAGGAGUAUGAGAUGAUACUGAAAAGAACGUUACAAAGUAUCUGUGUUUUGACCAUUAAUCAAAACACCACAACCACUGUCAUACUUCAGGUUGUCAAUGAUGAUGGUUCACUUCUCCCAUGUGCCAUAAAUGCGGCCUGCGCUGCCCUUGUUGAUGCUGGAAUUCCUGUAAAGCAUCUUGCUGUUGCCAUUUGUUGUGGUAUGGCAGGAAGUGGAUCUGUUAUUCUGGAUCCCACCAAGCUAGAAGAGCUGAAAAUGGAGGCUUUCACCUAUUUGGUAUUUCCCAAUUCAGUUCAUUCGGUGCUUCCAGAAGGAUCAUUACACGUUGAUGGGGAACCAGUGGAACAUGGAAUCAUUACCUCUGUUACCCAUGGUGUAAUUUCUGUGGAUGAUUAUCUUUACUGCUUAGAACGAGGUCAUGCUGCUAGUGCAAAGAUCUCUGAUUUCCUUAGGAGAAGCUUGCAAUCACAUGCCCCAAGUGACCCAUCAAAGGCUGCAUAGAUUCCGACUUGUUCAUACCGAUGAAGUGACAAGAAUAUAUACUCACAUACCUCGGGUUAACUUUUGGUGGAAUGG